AAGAACAAACAAGCUCUCAAAACAAAGGAAGACGGUCCUCCACUGCAGAGGAAGCAGGAAGCUGCCAGCCCUGCUCUGAGCCCAGUGCUGGGGCUCCAGGACAGCGGGAUGGAGUCUGUGGCCCUGUACAGCUUCCAGGCCACGGAGAGCGACGAGCUGGCUUUCAACAAGGGGGACACACUCAAGAUCCUGAACAUGGAAGACGACCAGAACUGGUACAAGGCUGAGCUCCGGGGCGCCGAGGGGUUUAUUCCCAAGAACUACAUCCGUGUCAAGCCCCACCCGUGGUACUCGGGCAGGAUUUCCCGGCAGCUGGCUGAAGAGAUUCUGAUGAAGCGGAACCACCUGGGAGCCUUCCUGAUCCGGGAGAGCGAGAGCUCCCCAGGGGAGUUCUCCAUCUCUGUGAACUAUGGGGACCAGGUGCAGCACUUCAAGGUGCUGCGUGAGGCCUCGGGGAAGUACUUCCUGUGGGAGGAAAAGUUCAACUCUCUCAACGAGCUGGUCGACUUCUACCGCACCACCACUAUCGCCAAGAAGCGGCAGAUCUUCCUGCGGGAUGAGGAGCCCCUGCUCAAGUCGCCCCGGGCCUGCUUUGCCCAGGCCCAGUUUGACUUCUCAGCCCAGGACCCCUCACAGCUAAGCUUCCGCCGUGGUGACAUCAUCGAAGUACUGGAGUGCCUGGACCCCCACUGGUGGCGGGGCCGGUUCUGUGGGCGCAUUGGCUUCUUCCCACGGAGCUACGUCCAGCCGGUGCAGCUCUGACCAGAGGGGGGCCCAGGGGGCAGAGUCGGCAGACCCUCUGUCCACCCGAUACUGAGGUCCAGAGAGAAGUCGUUGACGUCCCCCUUCUCUGGGUCCACGGGGCUCAGCCGAGGACCUUGGACGGGACCGUGGGCCUCCUCACUGCUGCUCCAUGUGAACUGAGACAACACCAGCGGCCCAAAACCACCACGAUGUUCAGUGCCUGCCAGGCACGGCCAGCUCCCAGGCUUCACACCAGCCUCUUUCCAUUGGUCACCAGCUUGGUGAUGUCACAAGGUGGGCUGACAAAGGCCCCGCCCACUCCAACCACCAGUGGCCCCAUCUUCAACAAGGGUUGAGGCCCAAGUUCCACCCACUGGGGGUUCAACUCGAGGAACCUCGCGCUUGAGGUGUGGGCUCGCCUAGGGUUGACCACUCACUGGGCUGCUUGCCCUCCCCUCAAAGGGACUUGUGAGGUGUUCUGGCUGUUGGGGAGGUGGCUUAGGUGUAAGGGACCGGCAAGAACACUGCACACCUGCUGACCUGGACUCACUGGACAGACUCCAGGUGGAGACCCACCUCUUGGCAGCCCCACAAUGACUUCAGGCUCCACUUGGGUGUCCAACACCCCCCACCCCACUACAGACACUCUGGGGAAGGACUGGAGGAAGGCCCGGAGGCCCCGAGGAAGGGGCUGCAGUGUUGAAUGAAAUGGAUGGAGGCAGCUGCUCCCCAUGCGAUAGACGAGCUCUGAGGGCAGGCCCUGGGUGCAGCCACCUGGGGGGAUCAGCUGCGCUGGCUCUUGUCUGUUCAGGCCCAGGUCCUGCCCAGACCCUGGGGAAUUUGUGGGAGCUACAGGCCAAGUGGGAAGUUGGGGCCACGGCUGGACUCUGAGGCCCAGCAGCAUUUAGAAUGGGGUGGGCAGUCUGGGGAGGGCCCCAGCUUGAGGGAAGACAGGGUGUCCAUGUGGAUCCUGCACCUAGCACGGGGGUUCUAAGCAACACCUGCGCAGAGGUUGGGCACCUCUGUGAGCAGGAAGAGUGAGGGGAACUCCGAAAGGGCUUUGAAUGCCCGGCUGGUGGUGGUGUGUGUGGGGGGGGAGGGUGGGUGAGCAGGGACAGAGGGAGAGGAGGCUCCUGUGACACUGGGAGCAGGUAGGAUGGGAGAAGGAGCCCAGAGAGCGGGCUCAAGUUGGGGAGGGCUCUCCCUCUGCCCAGGGCUGGCCUGAGACCCUUCAGCCCCGAGCUCUGGCAGGUUGUACUGCUCCUUACCUGGACCCAUAUACUCAAAAUAAAAACAGUAAUAAAAUA